CGCAUGUGUGUGUGUGAGUGUAUGCGUGUGUGGGCGCGUGGCUCGGGGUUCAGAGCUGUCUUCCUCCUCCUCCUACUCUUCCUCCUCCUGCUGCUGCUUCUCCUCCCCCUGCUCCUCCUGCCUGCCUCCACGGAGACAAGCAAAAGGCUGGGGAGGAGCGACAGAGCCCUUCAGUCAACAGACGCGGUGUGUACAGAAGCGGCGGUCGGCACCGGCUGCACCGGCAGGAACCCGGCGGAGGAGCGUCACCUCACGCUGCUGUUUCUAAGAAAAGCUCAAGGACGUGCUUUAAAACGCACAAGCGCACCAACAUACCAUGCAUGCGUGAGGCAGGCUUCACUUCCGAGCACAAGGCUCGUACGCGUGUGUUGAAGACGCAGUGUAAAACAAUUACUACUGGAAGACUGCAAUUAGCCAGGAAAGCUUUCUGGCAGUGCCGACAGAGGCUGUUUUCCAUUGACCACUGAAGGGGGCCUGCAGAGAGGAGAACGUUAGUGAAGCCGAGCAGAGGCGGACGCGAUAAUUGCAUUUCUUGCUGCCCUGAGGGAACAUGGGAUAUAUGACCCCAUCAUUCACUCGUAAGGCUCUCCAGUAAACAAUUCCACACAGAAGGAUGACGGAGGCAGUCGUAGAGAGUGCAGAUGUCCUUGCAAAACCCUGUGACACAAAAAGCCACCCCUGCCUGUCGCCAUGUCUACCCCUCUGCGGCCAGAAGGGGGGUGGGGAGUGUCACGCUGACAUUAAGAAGCUCCAGCAGCAGGAACACUGUAACCAGGUGAUACCAAAGAAAAAAUUCAAGCCCAAAGGAAAGUUGGUGCGCAGCAUGGCAUUCAGCGAGGAGUCCUCCCCGUUUGAAGAAACCAAGGCAUCUCCAGACACAAACAUCCCAUCCAGCUGCCAUGACAACGAGAGGACUUCCAGUAGGGACGAGGAGCAGGAGAACAGCCCCGAUCCAAAGAAACCACCGCUGUCUAAAGAGUCCAGCGUGGAGUACACCGACUCAACCGGUACAGAUCUGGACCAGUUUAUUGAGGACACCCUCAACAGCAACCCCAGAGACCGUCUGACACUGCUGAAACUGGAGCAGGACAUGACUGAUUUCAUCUUCAGCAAUAGUUCCUUUAAGAAGUUCCCGCAAAUGUCAUCCUACCACCGCAUGCUGGUCCAUCGGGUGGCGGCCUACUUUGGCAUGGAGCACAAUGUGGACCACACAGGCAAGUCGGUUAUAAUCAACAGGACAAGCAACACGCGCAUACCGGAGCAGCGCUUCUCCGACAUGGUUCACAAGGACAAGACUGAAGACACCCUCCCUCUGAAAAUACUCCUAAAAAGGGACAAUUCGGACGACCAGGGCCGCCACCACCCUUCACGCGAGAGGCAAAGUAAGUCAAUGGAGGAGAGAGAAGAAGAGUACCAAAGGGCACGAGAACGAAUCUUCAACAAAGAGCCACUCUGCACUCAGGAGGGCGGCCAUGCAGAAAGCAGGGACGUGGAGGAGUACAAUUCAUACGUGGAGACCCAGAGGAAAAGACAGCUCUUCAGGAAAAGCCGUGCCAACUCGAGCUCCAGCUGGACGGGCAGCAGCAAGCAGAGCAGCAUCGAGACCGACUAUUGCUAUAGCAACGACCCCCCACCUUGGAGCAGCACAGAUUCAGACUCGUCCUUUCAGUGGACGAGUCCAGCGGUGAAAGCCCACCAGCCUUCCGGUCAGAGUUGGGACACACGAUCAGGCUCCAUCUCACUUUACAGACUGCCACCCUCUUGUGCUCAUCCGUCUCCACCUCCUCCCAUCACCGAGGAGCCGGUUCACAGCUACGUCACGGAGAACGGGAUUCCACCAGGGAGCAUACUUGUGAACCCUCUUACUGGGCAACCUUUCCUGAACCCUGAUGGAAGCCCUGCUGUGUACAACCCUCCAGAUAGUCAGCAACCAAUCAGUAGCCAGACUUUUCCGCCUCAGCAGCAGGUGGUUCAGUACUCGUCUGUCUCUUACUCGGCUCCCCAGAUGUUACCUGUCAAUCCCUCACAGCCAUACUCAACAGUUGAAGAUCUCUCCUCACAGUUUGCUCAUGUGACAGUGAGCUGCCCGUCGACGGGAGACGCCGCUCCCAUCUACCCUCCCAGUCAGGGUUACAUCUAUGCAGCUCCUGCCCCUCCUAACCUGCCCAACUACUGCCAGCCCUCACCACAGGUGCCUGUGUACGUUUACCCUACCUCAGCCCAGCCUGGAUUCAGGCCCGCUUCGCCCUCUCAACAUGUCCGCAGCUCAGCAGCACAACCAGCAGUAGGUUACCCCCCUGCUGUGAGGGUGCAGCAGUCUUCCCACACCCAGCCUCAGCCCGUGCUGGGCGCAUACACACCAGUUGCCUCCCACCAGUGUAGCAUGGUUCAGGGAGGCGCUUCGGUGCCCUUUCCACAAAGCAAAGCUGGGCCUGGGGGAGUUGGAGACGCGGGGUAUUACUGCGUGGUUCCCCCACCUCCUCAUCACAGUAGCUGCACCAACCUCAGAGCACCUGCUUGGAACAUGCAGUAUUGAUGGUGUGACAAUACCUUGUUUCCUGUUUUAAGUCACACGCACACGUCUCCCCCCUACCCUUUUUUUUUCUUUCUUUUUUUCAAUGCAAAUGCAUUUUUUCGCACUCCCUCGCCUUCACCCUCUUUCCUCCCGACGGUGUGGAUUCGCUGUUCCCACACUCAAACAGCCUCGCUCACAGAGAUAAAUGUUCCACUGUACCAAAGCUUAGUAGAAUAUAUAAGAGCUGCUGUACUGAAUGCAUAAUUUAUAUACACAAAUGGAGUUUUAUAUUGUUAUUAAAUUAUAUAUACAUAUAUAUAUAUAUUGUGUUUUAAGGAAAUGCACUGUGUGAAGAGAAUAAAGUGCCAUGGUUUGACUGAUGAGGUCACAUGUCUGCAUCACCCAGCCUCUUUGUUUCCUCUGAACUCGACGCUGAUGUCAUUGACUGUACAGAGAGCUGUGAUGAGAGGAAGCAUUACGGGAAGAUGCCCUCCGCUGCAGCAGAACCGUUUCUGUGGGGAAGUGGCAAACUGUAAUCUGAAGAUUAAAGAAUCGGGGCCGUUUGUAGGAAAUCAAUUCAUCAUUGUCUGACAAGGAAAAAUACUUGUGUAAUCCUGGGUACUCAGCCAAAGGAAUAAUGGGCUUAUUAUGAGGCAGAGCAAGAGAACCGACAAAAACUAAUGAUGCUUUUACACUUAAAAGUGACAGCACAGAGGAACAAAGUCUCCAUUAACCGGCCUUCUGUAGGACUGCAGCGCCCCCUGGUGCUCAGUAGUGAGCAUUGCUUCGAUUAACUUUUUGACUGCAGAACUCUCACAGUCAGGUUGGCACACUGUGAGAGUGAUUAAAAGGAUAAUUUUGGUUUGUGACUUAAAAAAUAAUCAGUAGUUACUUCUUUUAUAGAAGAAGAUAACCUAACAACAUAUGCAGCUGGUCGGCGUCCAGUUUCUGAUUAAAGGUUGUGUUUUUCACUACUGGGAACAUUUUAAAAUAUCUAAAUUUGUUUCCCCGCUGACGGAAAAAUUGAGAAAACUUUGGUUAUUGCGGCGCUUUCACUGGCAUACAUCGACAAAGACUUCAAACUGGAGUUGCACAAUAUAUCUAAUGUGUCAGGCAUUCACGCUCUGCAUAUCGGUAACAGAUUAGCUUUCCCUUCCCUUAUUGUCCACAUCACAUUACAAUCAUUAGGAGGUGAGACGCUAAAGCUCAGGGAAAAUUGAGAGUGUUCAUCAGAAUCAAGGACAUUAUUCCUUCUGGAAAAUUUCCAGAUGUGAAAGCCUCGACUUUCUAAAACAUCUCUUGAUUCCUGAAAUUUAUAAAAUAUCAGUGCGGGGACGGAGGGGUGAGGGAGAGAGCUUGAGAAGUCUUUUCGGAUAAAAGGAUGGAAAUCAAAACAAGCAAGAACCAAACAUGUCAAGUUUUUUUUUGUUUGUUUGUUUUUUCUCUACCAAACACCAUCUCUAUCUCAAACUAUUUUCCUCUUAAAGAAGAAAGCACAGACGCGACUAACAACAUUAGUGACAACUCGGCUGUAUUCACGUUUCUCUACUAAAUCGUGACAGUAAAAAAAAAAAAAAAAAAAAAAAAAAAAAAA